CGUUAUAAACGAUCUUCGGCUACACGCCCAGCCUCAGUACCAGCGCAUCUUUUUUCCUCCCUGGUGGGGUUUCUUCUCCUCCAUUCGCUCCUACGACUACAAGCCCCCGACGAGCGGGACGAGACCCUCGUGACGUGGACAAACACACAGCUGGGACCUCGAGCUCUUUCCUCGGGCCUCGUUAUGUCUUUGAGCUUGCCGCCCCUCCCGACAUGUCCGCCUCUGAUCGCUACCUGCCGCUGCUGCUCCUCUUCCUGCCUUCGUCGCUGCUGAUCUCCGGCCUGGAUGGGUCGAUGGGAGCGGUGGGGGAGGGCGGAGGCCUGGCCUCCCCCUGGGCGGGUGACAAUAGCCCGACGGCCGCGGUCGGAGACGUGAUGUCCGGUGAGGGGAGGUUCCUGACGCCCUCGGCUCUGACUGCAGAGCCCCAGUUUGCCCUGAAGGUGCUCCUGAGAGAUCUGGUGACCCGUCAGCCACUGGUGGGGGCCUGGGUGGACGUGUACGUCAACCACACCUUGAGGGGUUCCUCCCAGACGGGGCAGAGCGGGGAGGUUCUGCUCUGGGUCGGGUACAGCCCGGGCCUCAGUCUGACCCUGCUGGGCCAUAAAGAAGGCUUCGUGCCCACUCCUCUGCCCUGGAGCACCACCAAGAGACCCAUUUUCUCUGCUGUGACGAUGCUGCUGCUCCCUCACAGUCAAGGCAACAUCUGGCUGUUUGAAGACUCGGUGCUCAUCACUGGGAAGUUACCUGACAGCUCUUCACAACCAAAAGUCAAGUUCCCCAAGAACCUCCUGACCAUCGCAGAUAAAAGUAACAUCUCGUCACUGAUGGCGUAUCUGACUGUGCCACAGCACCACCUGUCGAAGGACUGCACUAACUGCACCCCAGGCAUCAUCAGUAGUAAAUCUGUGCUCAGGAGCAUCGAGCUGAAGGCGGUGGCAGCCAUCAGCGUCCUGCUGUACUCCGGUGGGGAGGAGCUCCAGGUCAGAGGGCCAAUCCAGAUUAGCCUACCACUGGGACACAACACACACCUAAGGGUCUCCGAUACAAUACCAGCCUGGGCCUUCAACCUGAAAACAGGUGCCUGGGAGAACCACGGGCUGGGAAUAGUUAAAACAGUUGGAGAUGAGCUGGUUUGGACUUACACUGCCUCCCAUCUGGGAUACUGGAUCGCUGCUCCGCAUCCUUCAUCCAAAGAUUAUCAUGAACAUGCCAGCUCAAUGGAUUUCAUCUCUUACCACACCUAUCUUCUAAUGGGAAUACUGGGAGGAACCCUUAUUGUGGUGAUUGGAUUCCUGUCGUUACUUCUAUGUCAUUGCGGAGGUUCCUAUCAAGAGCCCAGGAGGAGACGUGCACGCUUCUCCAAACUGACGGUGGUGAAAAAGGACCAAACCACUUCCACCCACAUGGAGGAAGGUUUGCUGUUCCGAUCUGGGGACAGCCUGGCCUCCUGCAGCGUCUCCUGCGAACCAUCCACACCCCGACACAAAGCCAACUACAACAUCUAUGUGGAGGACCCGGGGAGUCUUAAUGCGGCACCUCCUUACGAAAACAUUACUGCAGAUCGGAUGAAGGGGUCGCAGCCCCCGCCUCACUACAUCAACAGCGAGGAGGCGGCUCGGAUACGGGAGAAAGCCGAGGAGAGUCGGGCCAACAUGAACUCUGAGAACUUCUUUCAGGAUAAGCUGGUGCACAUCUACAACCAACCGGUGGCAAUCAUUCAAGCUCCGGAGUUGUUUGGUGCACAGGAGACACAGCUCCCAGGAUGCAAGUCCAACACUUUCCCCAGAAAUGGGGUGGAGUACGACGCUCAUUCAGAACCUGCCAGUAAGGACAACUACACCCAGACACUCCCCAAAGUCCCUCACCACCAUGCCCAGGGUGGAAGCAGCCCUCAGCAAAGCAAUCAGGAUGACCCACAGCCACUGGAGACCCCACCUCCAGGACCAGGUCCAAACGCUGGUGUGUGGGGACGCUACAGUAACCUCCUUGAAUCCUCCGUCUCUGUGCCUGGGACUCUCAACGAGGCAGCUGGUAUGCAGGUCUUUGGCAGUGGGCACACCAGUGAGCUGCAAGGAAUGUCUGAACGCACCUUGCUGGAGCUGACCCGGGGCAAAUCCUUGUCCUCUCACCCCAGAGCUUGGUUUGUCUCUCUCGAUGGGAAGCCAGCCGCUCAGGUCCGUCAUUCCAUCAUCGAGCUGCAGGGCCGCCACCGUCCGCCCAGCAGCAAUGACACCAGCCUGGACUCCGGCGUAGACAUGAACGAGCCCCAGCAGCACAUCCGAGAGUCGGAGCGCGACAGGCCCUCGAUCAGGGCCUCCUCCCUUCCACACCACAGCCGAGGGGGCAGGUACGGCGAGGAGCAGGACCUGAGCAGCAGCGAGAGCGGUACCACUGCCACCUGCACGCCGGAGGACCCUUCCCUCAGGAACAUUUUAGACGGGAGCAGUGGGGCCAUUCCCAACAUUCCUGAAGAGCAGGAUGGGAUGGAUACAUCCAGCGCUCAGGAGGACAGUGAGUCGAGGGGAACGCCCCCUCCUCGGCGACUCAGGAAGGUGAGGGAGAAAGGGAAGGCAGAAAAGAGGAAGCACGUUCGGGAGGGCAGACCUCUGACAAAGCGAAGUUAAAGCCUGUAGAUGGUUUGGUUUGUGUUCACAAAGGCAUUGUUGUUGUUCUGUGAUUGUACAACUCUGCCAAAGAAACCAUAAGCUAACCGAAGACAACAGCAUCGUUUGUGUGUCAUAUUAAAGUGUAAAGGUGGUAUCUCACUCGGCUGCACCUGUUGACAACUAGUUGGUGAACAGCAUUCCUAGAGUUUAAAGCAUUUUUAAUUUCCUUAUAAUUUGCAGAGGCUUGAAAUUUUGUUGCUUUUGUGCAACAAAUUUGCCUUUAAAAUGUUCAUACACUUGUAGCGUGAAGUAUCACCCUUCUGUCCUGUACCACGUACUUGCUACAUACUUGUUGCAGGCUUCAUGAACUCUUCUUUCUCCAACCCAUCUCAAGAACGCUACACCUGUAUUUUGAACUGUAUUAACCAUAUUAUUGAUAUCUGAAUGAAAACAUUUCUAGUGUCUUUAGAAGUCAUACCUCUUUAAAUGUGGUAACCGAUAUCCUUAGACCUCUAGCUUCUUAUUGUUAACCCAUCGUCAGGCACAUUUUUAGACAAUUCUUUUUAAAUAUGAGAAGCAAGUGUCCACAGUUUUUAUUAGUUUCUCAAAUUGGCCAAACAAAAUCUUACAUUCCAACAAAAGACCUUGGAAUUCUUGUCUAUGCCUUCAUCAUCUGCAGUUAGUCCAAAAUGCUGCUGCAGGGUCGAAGGCUCAAGCUUUAGCAGAUUUACACUGGUUGCCUGUUCAGAUGCUCAUAGUGCACAAAGGGGAUCUGGCUUUUGCAGUGAUAGCCACUUAAACUAGAUGAACCUGCCUCUUGAUAUUCAUACUGCAGAUGUCUUUUUAUGCUGUGGUAUUUCUUUGUUUUAGUCUUUUUUAACUGUUGGUUUUUAUGUGUAAUUUUAUAGUGUUGAUUUUAUCUGGUCAGCUGUUUUUUAAACAUGCAACAGAAAUAAAAUAGAUUUUGACACCUGCACAGGAGCUCCCCUCUGACACUCAGCACUACAGCCUCAAAUGUCCAGUCUUUAAACCACACCGAUAACCAGUCGUUAUUGAAGUGCACUGCGAUAGAUUAAAUCACAAACAUGGGAGAAAUAUAAUGCUUGGUUCAAAUCAGGUACAAUCGUACAAUCAUCAAAGCAAUGUGCAGUGCCUAAAAUACAGCUUUGCAAUCUGUGCACACAACAAUGGACCUCCAUGUUCACAACUUGCUGGUCACUUCGUCACAAGCAUUGAGAAUUAACUGAGACCUGCAACAGAAAAUUAAAGAGCUGUCUGGUGGUUUUGAGUCUGUCAGAGUCAGGAGACUAGUUUGUGAUUUUAAAGUUGCAAAACAAUAAAUAUGAAGCGAGCCAAAUUAUAGUCUUAAUGAAUCUUCAGUGAGUCUUGUGACUGGGAUCUGGGCAGCUAAUUUUUGGAAAAUCAGGGUUUAUAAAAACCUGCAACCACUUCAUACCAGCUCCAGUCUGCUUUUUUACACCUCAGCAGCAGCUCCACAUGUGAUGCAAUCAAACAAAAAUACCCUAUUUGAAAUGAAGAUAUACAAUUUUAACCAAUAAUUUUUGUUUACCAUUGGUGUGUUUUUUGCUUUUUUUUUACCUGGUCAAAAAAUCCCAGUUUUACUGCAUUUAAAACAGGUUGGAGACGCCCACAGAAAAUUUUAAAUUUUAGGCGACUCCUCCACCAACAGUUGCAGCCCAGUGAGAUACCACCUUAAUGCAGCUGCUGUUACACAAAUUUGUGCACCUUCUCCCCUCAUUCGCUCAAAUCUGAAGAUCACCAGCGAGAUUCUUCACAGCAAAUGUCCACGUGAACACAACAUCUCACUGCUCCCUGUUGGCAUUAAAGGAGGUGCCUUCUUACUGCCUGUAACCGUAAAACAACUCCAGAUUUUGUCUGCUUCAGUGGAAAACCUGCAGGAUGGGCACGAGUGCACCUGUCCUCACCAUAAAUGCCUGCUGUAAAUUAACGGAGAAGCUUUCCUAAUUCUCAGUAUUCACAUCCUGUUUGGAUACCAUACUGCCUCGAACCUUUUUGAGCUUUUCGUGUGACUGACUCAGACGCUACGCUAGAGGGAUUUUAAAGUCAAACGAUGUACAAAACUGACAUUUUUCACACCUGAUAUUCAAGAUUUUAGGCAUAUAGUUGUUUUUUUUCAUGCAUGAAAAUGAAUGUUUUGACUGAAAAAGACAUAGAUUUUAGGUUAAGUAUCUGAAUGUUUUGUUUUACUGUCUUGUUUUAAAGAGGAGACUCAGUGUUGUGCUGCCAUCUGUAACUACUCCAACUCUGGGUUUUCUACACUACACAAUGUAGUUAAAGAGUUCAUAUAUGUUCACCUGAUCUGCUAGAUUAGCCUUUUAUGCUUUAAUGUUUAAAAAAAAAACACACUUUCAUCUUAAAUUGUACAUGGAUGCAGCCAUUGUCACCACAAGCUCCAUUUUAGCUCCUGUCUCUUUAAGAUGCCUCCUUUUAAAGGGAUAUUUAAAUUCUUCCUCUCAAGCUCUACUGAACUUUAAACUUAAACUUAAACUUUCUAGUAUUUAAAAAAAUAAAUAUCUACCUAACAAAA